CUUGGGUUCCCCAAUACCAAACCAGUAGAGAGGGAGGGAAAGGGAGAGACAUGGAGAAGUCUCUUGCAUGGGCUUCCUGCGGCGAGGAGGAGAAGGCCUGUGUGGGUUGGAUCAGGAGGUACUUCAACGACUGUGUGUGCAGUCCAAGUGGUGAGCUGUCUUUCGGCCUCGGCAUGAUCAGCCUAUUGUGCUGGGGGAUAGCAGAGAUCCCACAGAUCAUCACCAACUUUCACAGCAAGUCUGGCCAUGGCGUCUCCUUUGCUUUCCUCCUCACCUGGGUCAUCGGUGACAUCUUCAACCUGGUGGGUUGCCUUCUCGAACCAGUAACGUUGCCUACCCAGCUCUAUACAGCGCUGUUAUACACGGCCACCACAGUUGUUUUAGUGCUGCAGACUCUGUACUAUGAUUAUUGGGUAAGAUGGUGGAAGAAGAGAGGUUUACAGGCUCCACUAGAGGUUGAGGAAGGCAGCUGCAAACGUUUGAAUCCAAAGAAUGAGGAUCUCAGCCGACCCUUACCGACUCUCACUGCCUCGCGGAGAACAUCGUCUCGUGUAGAUGUAUACUAUACGUCAGCAAGGUCUUUGGCGAGCAGUGGGACUCCACCGUGUCGGUCGUCCUACCUUGGAGUUGGGCCAGCUCGCAGUGGCCCGUCGGCCUCCGGGUACAUGGAGUCGUCGGGUUCUGAUGAGGAGGGCUCGCCGAGGCACCAAUCACGGAGCAGCGGCGUGAGCAAUCCCAAGAAAGUUGUCUCUCGCUCGCUAUGGAACUUUUGCAGCUGGCGCAGUCAGUCUACCAUUUCAAACCAAAGCUUUAAUGGAAGUACAGACAGGAUUAGCAGGAGGAAGAAUCAUGCAGGAAGGAGGCAUAAGAUCAUUGGAAGGGAACACUUAUGGGCUGCUGUUAGGAUGGAUUAUGGCGGCCAUUUACACGGGAGGCCGCCUGCCCCAAAUAUAUUUGAAUGGAUUAAAUCCUCUGAUGUUCUUGUUUGCACUCAUUGCCAAUGCUACUUAUGUCGGAAGGUUCUUUCUCCUCGACUCCGGCUUCCAAAAAAAACACACCUUAUAAGUAACCACCUUUUUCUUGAUGCAGCAUACUCUCGAGGAGUGUCGAGUGGGAAAGAAUCAAGGCUAAUGCACCUUGGUUGCUGGAUGCAAUCGUUUGUGUGCUCCUUGAUCUCUUUAUCAUCAUACAGUUUGUCUACUACAAGCUCGUGCACAAAAGGAUGGCAAACGAUGAAGAUGACUACCAAGGCUUUACAGAAACCAAAAAGAACCUUUUCUGAAAGCUGUGGGGAGUGUGGUAGGUAUUCUGCCUAAGGAUGCAAUGUAUGUGUAGUUAAGAUGCAUCCACUUGUAUCUGUUGUUGCCU